ACCAUCGUGGAAGAGGAGCUUUACUGGUAUAUCUAUUCCACAGCCAAACUAGAUCAACCAGUGUGAUAUCUAUUCUGCAGCCAAACUAGAUCAACCAGUGUGAUAUCUAUUCCACAGCCAAACUAGAUGAACCAGUGUGAUAUCUAUUCUGCAGCCAAACUAGAUCAACCAGUGUGAUAUCUAUUCUGCAGCCAAACUAGAUCAACCAGUGUGAUAUCUAUUCCGCAGCCAAACUAGAUCAACCAGUGUGAUAUCUAUUCUUCACCAAACUAGAUCAACCAGUGUGAUAUCUAUUCUGCACCAAACUAGAUCAACCAGUGUGAUAUCUAUUCUGCACCAAACUAGAUCAACCAGUGUGAUAUCUAUUCUGCAACCAAACUAGAUCAACCAGUGUGAUAUCUAUUCUGCAGCCAAACUAGAUCGACCAGUGUGAUAUCUAUUCUUCACCAAACUAGAUCAACCAGUGUGAUAUCUAUUCUGCAGCCAAACUAGAUCAACCAGUGUGAUAUCUAUUCUGCAGCCAAACUAGAUCAACCAGUGUGAUAUCUAUUCUGCAGCCAAACUAGAUCAACCAGUGUGAUAUCUAUUCCACAGCCAAACUAGAUCAACCAGUGUGAUAUCUAUUCUUCACCAAACUAGAUCGACCAGUGUGAUAUCUAUUCUUCACCAAACUAGAUCAACCAGUGUGAUAUCUAUUCUGCACCAAACUAGAUCAACCAGUGUGAUAUCUAUUCUUCACCAAACUAGAUCAACCAGUGUGAUAUCUAUUCUGCACCAAACUAGAUCAACCAGUGUGAUAUCUAUUCUGCACCAAACUAGAUCGACCAGUGUGAUAUCUAUUCUUCACCAAACUAGAUCAACCAGUGUGAUAUCUAUUCCACAGCCAAACUAGAUCAACCAGUGUGAUAUCUAUUCUGCAGCCAAACUAGAUCAACCAGUGUGAUAUCUAUUCUGCAGCCAAACUAGAUCAACCAGUGUGAUAUCUAUUCUUCACCAAACUAGAUCAACCAGUGUGAUAUCUAUUCUUCACCAAACUAGAUCAACCAGUGUGAUAUCUAUUCUGCACCAAACUAGAUCAACCAGUGUGAUAUCUAUUCUUCACCAAACUAGAUCGACCAGUGUGAUAUCUAUUCUUCACCAAACUAGAUCAACCAGUGUGAUAUCUAUUCUUCACCAAACUAGAUCAACCAGUGUGAUAUCUAUUCUUCACCAAACUAGAUCGACCAGUGUGAUAUCUAUUCCACAGCCAAACUAGAUCAACCAGUGUGAUAUCUAUUCUUCACCAAACUAGAUCGACCAGUGUGAUAUCUAUUCUGCAACCAAACUAGAUCAACCAGUGUGAUAUCUAUUCUUCACCAAACUAGAUCAACCAGUGUGAUAUCUAUUCUUCACCAAACUAGAUCAACCAGUGUGAUAUCUAUUCUUCACCAAACUAGAACUAUUUUCAUUCCAGAGAUGUAAUGAGCACAAUAAUGAAAAUCAGGGAACGGAGGAACUAGUUUGAAGUAGGUUUAUUUGAAUGAUCAUGAAAAAUGUUGAUUAUUGAUAUGAAUAGCAGCAAUAAAACUGUCAAAUGAGCUUAUGUGUCCUAAAUACUAGUAACGUAGCCUUCCUCUGUGUGCAAAGAACUCAGGAUCUAACAGGAAAAUGUGAGUCUCAUCCUGAUCCAAUCAAAAUUCCCAGACUCUACCAGGGCCAGGGGGGUGAUCCCUCCAUUAUCCGCUUCCUCCAUCCCUCCUCCUUCCCCUCCUCCGUUCCUCCUUCACGCGUCACCGUGUCGUUAGACAGGACCGUUAUAAAUGGCUCUGCACACACUUCUGAAGCACGCGAAGGGAUUUACACAGCUUCAGCAAGACACAAAGGAGGGACGAUUCUACGAAGAGAAAACUACCUUUCACUGAAUCAGGAUGUCUAAGGUUGCAGGGAGAACCCUUUUCAUUUUCUACAUUUCAACACAGGUAAAUAAAUUCAGUUAAACUUUACAAACGAGGCUCAUCCAAACUACAUCAUGUGAAGAAUAUGAAAACAAGGAGCAACAACUUUGAAAAAUCACAUUUGAACACAGUUUUCCCUUUUUGUUUUCUCCAGAUUUGCUCCCAGAUCUUGGCGCAGGUGUGUCCGACAAGGUGCCUCUGUUCGCAGGAGCCUCCGAUGUGCGCCCCCGCGGUCCAGCUGAUUCUGGAUGACUGCGCAUGCUGUCUGGUCUGUGCGAGGCAGAAAGGAGAGGCGUGCUCGGAAAUAAAUCCCUGUGAUACACACAGGGGUCUGAACUGCGACUACACAGCCGAUGUACACCAGAGGACAGGUGUCUGUGUCGCUCAUGAGGGAGACAUCUGCCUGUUGGACGGUUCAGUGUACCAGAACGGGGAGACCUUCUUCCCAAGCUGCAAGUACCAGUGCACCUGCAGGGACGGUCAGAUCGCCUGCGUGCCACGCUGCAACCUGGACGUGAUGCUGCCGGGCCCUGACUGCCCUCUACCCAGGAAGGUGGCGGUGCCAGGGGAGUGCUGUGAGAAGUGGGUCUGUGAGCCCCAACCAGAGGCCAGUGCCCUGGGCAGCUUCGCCAUGGCUGCCUACAGACAGGAGGAGACAGUGGGGUUUGACUCGUGGGACCCCAGUACUAACUGCAUAGAGCAGACUACGGAGUGGGGCGCCUGCUCUCGGACCUGUGGCAUGGGCAUCUCCACCCGGGUCACCAACAAGAACCCCCGCUGUGAGAUGGUCAAGCAGACGCGUCUGUGCAUCGUCAGGCCCUGCGACAAACAGCAGCAGCAGCAGAAGGAUGUUCCUAAGAGAGGAAGCAAGUGCCUAAGGAUGAAGAAGGCGGUGAAACCCAUCCGGUUCAGCUAUAAGAACUGCACCAGCGUCCUGACCUACAAGGCCCGGUACUGUGGUGUGUGUACGGACGGGCGCUGCUGCACCCCCCACAGCACCGAGACGGUGCAGGUGGAGUUCCAGUGUGCUCAGGGUAAAGCCGUCAAGAAACCCGUGAUGUUCAUCAACACCUGCGCCUGUCACUACCACUGUCCCAGAGACAACGCUGUGUAUCAACCAUCAGACCUGGUCUACAGCGGUUACACGUUAUAACACUGUUACCACAGACACAACUAAAGUUUCUUCUAGUCAUCUGUGACAGUAGUAUUGUACUGUACUGUAGUCGGGCGACUCUAUAUGUUCAUGACUCUAAAUGUACUUGACAUCAUAUCCCUGACGGUGUAUGGUUGGUCUCAGGAGGGAGAAUCUCAAUUGCAUACUUAUCGCGUCCUCUCUCCUCGCCUC